AUGGAAAAUGUCUCCAACUGGUUAUUACCAGUUACUCAGAGUAUUUACGAUACGGACAGAGGUAUUUUCUUCCAAAGAAAAACAUCUAGUAUUGCAGCAAUUAACAGCGUAAGAUUUAGCGAAGGAUUAAACUCGGGUCCUUAUCUAAGUGUUUUCCAUAAUGAAGAUGAAUUCACCAUCUCUACGAAUGAACAAUUUCAACAUUACGAAAACUAUGAAACUACAGAUUCCAUGGGAGUAACUGUAGUUUUUAGAUGCACUGACGGCACGCUUAGCACUUUAGUAUUUUCCAUAAACGUUAUAGAUACUAACAACAAUGCACCGCAAUUCAAGCCAAGUGAUAAUUAUAAUUUCAAAAUUGCACCGCCAGUACCACCGGGAUUUCUAAUUACUGACUGCGUUAACGAUAUUAUAGUACGCGAUAUUGAUCUUACUACUGAUAGAAUUAACUUCGAAAUAGAAGAAAAUCCAUACUUUGAAAUAGCAUACGAUACAUCUACAACGCCUAAAGAAUUUAAAGCUACAUUAAAAACAACCACGUUUAUAAGAAGAAUUUCAGAACCUAUAAAAUUAUGGAUUAGUGCAACGGACGUUGAUCGUACGGGUGACCCGCCACUGACAACAAAUGCAACGAUUCUGAUCGAAGCUGAUAAUGAAUUUGAAUUUCCUGAUGAUCUCAUGUUCUCGGAUCCUUUUUAUCUAGCUAAAUAUACCGAAAAACAUGAAAUUAUUCUGGAGAACAUAAUCUACUUAAGCCAAGGCUAUGACAAAAAAGUAACAUUUAGCUUAGAAGAUUAUGAAGAAUACUUUGACCUCGUUAUAAAUGGAAAUCAAAUUGAUUUACGAAUUAAAUCGCAACUAGCUCCCGAAAUUUCAAAACAGAUGCAAAUUUAUUUGGUAAUUAAGGCUAACCGGGAGUACACGAGUGGUGCCACUGCAACUAUUAUAUUAAAAUUGGGCGAAGAAAUAGAUUUAAAGUUUGAAAAAGAUUUUUAUAAGGGAUAUAUAGAAGAUAAUUCUCUUUUCAUUUCAAAUUUGGUAUUACAAGAACACAAUGAAAACGCUAACAUAAGCGUGAACAUAUAUAGUGAAUAUUCAAAUUUUUUUACUGCCAAUAUUCAGAACAAUAUAAUAACGUUGCAAAUGAAUCCACUAGACGAUAACAUUCUCCUAGAGAACACUCUUUUAACAAUAAAAGUAGCUGCUUCUACUCAUAGGAAUACGGCAAUUACGAUAGUUGUAUUGGAAAUAAUUAAAGAUGACAUGGUUACACCAAUUUUUGAAAAGAAAAUUUAUAAUGCCACAUAUGACUCUGAAGUCGGAGUAGCAGUAGAAAAUGUAGUAUUAAUACAAGGUUACGAUAACACUGUGAGGUUCUCCUUAGUAGGAGAAUACGCAAAUUAUUUCCGAAUAAAACAGGAAGGUCCUUUAUUAAAUAUUAUGACUACAAGUUUACCAUCGCAAGUUUUAAGUGAACAGCAACUGUUACUAAUUGUCCAAGUCACUAAGCCAAGAACUGUAGGAGCACACGCAGUGGUUUACAUCGCUAUUCCUGAAGAUUCAGAACACAACGAUGUCGUUUUCAACAAAUUGCUUUACAAAGGCGUUUUGCAAGACGGUGAUAUUUCACAUGAAUCUAUCUGUGUGUCUGGAUACUCUGGAAUAAAUGUUAACAUUUUAGGAGAAUAUGCUGACUUCUUCAUAGGAGAAAUAAAUGCUGGAGAAGUAAAAGUAAAAUUAGGUGACUCUACAACAGCUUGGAUUAAUAGUUCUCAUAUAGUUUUAGAACUUCACGUUCCUGGCGCAGGUGCUGUACUUGUAUUAGAUGUCGCUGCAUUAGAGAAUCCUAUUCUACCUACGGUAAAAUUCACUUCAGAUUCAUAUGUCAUUCAAGUAGAGAUAACGCAGACAGGCUUUAUUGGACAGGUCACUGCGACUGCUGACAACGGUGAAGCUGUCUCUUAUUCUCUAGGAAUUGACAACGAUCAUCUCCAAGAUCGCCUGUCAAUCAACAACAAUGGAGAAUUGCACCUCUCAGCUCCGGCCAGCAGUGGCGUAUACUCUUUUCAAGUUGUUGCUACGUCGGUCUACACUCAUGUUAACGGCACAGCUAAGGUUCAGCUAAUGGUGGAAGCGGUUACUACUUGCUCCAACGAAAUCGGGCUUCCUCCACUGAUUGUUAUAGACAGAGAUGAAGAAGCAGCUUACGAAAAUUUGGUCGUGUUGAAUUCAACAACUUACAGAGAUUGCCAUUAUGAGAUUACAAAUCGCUGGCCCGUCGAACAAAAUUGGCUAUAUGUUGACGAAUACGGCCUUCAUACCAGACCAAUCGACAGGGAGGACCCUUCGAUCGCAUUUAUGCCUCUUUCACAGGUACACAUCGAGCUGAUCCUGCAUUGUAAAAGCGACGAGCCGGCUAGAAUGAAGCGCUCUCUAAAUGCCGUUGCUGAGCCCAAUUCUCUCGGGCCUUACGAUUACGGCACCCAUAAAUGGGUUUUAACGGACACCAUUUUGUAUAACGCCAGACGUAGCUACGUGAAUUUAAUCGUCAAUGACAUAAAUGAUAACGACCCGAAAUUUAUCGAGAAGGAAAAUGAACCUAUCGCAGUUGGAUACCCACUGCCUGAAUUGGAAGAAAUCGUCUCACCACGAGCUUUAGUGAAGUUGAAGGCAACAGACGCCGAUAUUGGUGAAAACGCAGCACUAGUCUACUGGAGUCCGCAGCCGAUCUUAGCUGUUUCCCCUUCAAGUGGAUUUGUUCACGUACGCAAUAACGCACAGCUGGAAAACGGUGCCAGAUUCACAGUGUAUGCAACCGACCGUAAUGGCUUGGGUCGUACCGGACACAUUGAUCUUGUGAUGCGGUUGCUAGAUAUCAAUCACAUAGCAGUUAUUACAAUUCGUGAUUCAUUUUUGGAAGAUGAAGAAACGAUUUUAUCCGAUUUAGAAAAAUCACUUGGGUAUGAAGUAAAAGCAUUACGAGCGAUGGUAAUUCCUAUGGCCUCUGGAACGGAGAAACAUAGUUUUAAAAACAGUCGAGAGAAUUCAACCACUACCGGAGCACUACUUCAACUUUUUGUUUACGGAUUGAAUAACCGAGAACCGAUAGAAGUCAAGCGGCUCACUUCUGACAUAAAUAAUAAUAUUCUAGCUAACGUAGCUAGCACAGUAUCACUAGAAGAUCAUCUAGAAAGUCGUGAGAUAUGCUCCAUUCAAGAACGUGAUACGGGCUUGUUAGCAGCUACAAUAGCACUCAGUAUCCUGCUUUUCAUCCUAAUUAUGGCGUUAGCAUUACGGCUUUUCCUAAAAUGGAGAAAGAAUGAAAACUUCAGUGAUGAAAAUAGCCUGGUAUCGAGAGACCAAUCUUUUCAAGAACCACCUAAAGACAAUGAACCUGUUAAGCCUAGACUUGAUUUGGACGAACUCAAAAGGAGUGAAAAAAGACUUCAAGAAAUUCUCGAUGUCCCAGUUGAGCAACCUAAUCGUGAACCUACUCUACAAAAAGAGGUUCCACUCGAAGCAAUUAUUAACCUGUCAUUGCCCGAGCCACGUAUGCCUAUCGUUAUACAGUCUAUUGACAAAUUAAAAGACGCCGCAGAAGUAUCAGAUGAUGAAGAUGAAUUUGGCGAAGACAAGAAAAGACGAAGAAAAUCAGUCGUUACGUUCAAUGAAAAUGUAGAAAAAAUAAUACACCUUGAAGAUAGUCCAAGUGAGACAGAUUAUGAAGUUUAUCGAUUCUAA